CGACUUGUUACCGCAGAAUUUUAUUUAUAGAAAAGUCGAUCGUUUUUAUCGUCUCUCACUAAAUGCUCCAUGGAUCCACUCUUGGGCUCCUUCAGUAAUUAGUACUGUCCGAGACCUGACAAUCUCUUUCGCUCUACUCUCUCUAUCUAACCUUUACUUACCUUUAUUUCCCCCCUCUAAUGUUCUGAGUUGCUUCUCCUUCCCAGCCGCACCCCAGCCGCUUUGUACAGUUAGCUCAGGUAAUUGAGCUGUGAUUUGCUUCGUAUUUUCGUGUUAUGAUUCGCUUGGUGUUUUAAUAUUCGUAUGUUUUGAGAGCUAAUUGUUAUGAAUUCAUAUUCUGGAUCUCCUUCAAAUCGGAUAAUUUUAUCAUUUCUAGCACUCGACAGACAGCAAAGUCUGCAAUAGCUUUAAUACCGGUUAGAUAUUUGUGUAGAUCUGUGUUUAUAUUCGGGGGAGCUGAUUUUUCUUCGUUGUAGCUUUACUCUUUGCUUUUUGCGCGUUACUAAAAACAGAUCUGUGAUUGUCUAGUAGUUGUGUGUUCGUACGGUGGAUUGAAAUCUCCAGAUCUGAGGGUGCUUUUGUAAUUAGAAGGGUCAAGAGUGUCAGGUGGCUUGUUUUUAGCCUUUCGGUUUGCUCAAUAUUUCUGUCAAGAUCUAAUCUCCUCUGUCUCCUCAUCUCUCUUAAAAAUCACAAUACUAACCCGAUAAGAUUUGGAUUUUGAUUUCGGUUUUAAUCAUUUAUCCUCACUCCCAUACAUGAGGAAUUUUGUCUGGAGUUUUAAUUAAUCUACAGUUCUUUCCUCUUGUCCAGGAGUUCCUUUUUUUGUUAAAUUUAUUUACUGCAAUUAUCACAAAGGAGAAUAAAUAUGAAUCACUGUGGGAUUCAGCAAAGUGCUCUGGUUUGCCCUAAGCCUCGCCGUCUAGGUCAGCUCAAUGGUGACCUAAACGACCCCGUUAGGCCUUUCAGAUGGUAUUUCUGCAAUCAGCAAGAGGGGUCUGAUUCAAUGGCUGCAGCUGAUAUAUUGGAGGAUAUCAUUCUCAUCAAGGGUGGUUAUCAUGGUGCAGAGCAAGCAACAGGACCACAUCAUGUAGCCUCGUCGCCCCCAUUUUUUUGUGGGUCUCCGCCGAGCAGAGUGUCUAACCCAGUAGUUAUGGAUGCUAGGUUUGGGGAUGAACAGCAUAUGUCUCCGGUUUCGCCUCGAGCAAUCCCAAUCCCCUCCUCCGGUGUUGUUUCGUCUCCGUCAGCAUCCGCUAACCGUAAGGGUGGAUGCGUGCGGGCAAGUUUUGGAAACAACCCGGCAGUGCGGGUCGAGGGUUUUGAUUGUCUCGAUGGGGAUCGGCGUAACUGCAGCAUCCCUGCCCUGGCUUGAGAUGAAGAUACAAUCAUCGCCCCUACCUAAAAACGAAGAGAAGAGAAAGUAAAUACAUCAAGCCAGAUUGACAGGAAUUUUGGAACAUUUUCCAUUACCCAUUGAGAGUAAUUUAAGUUUUUGUUUUGUUUUGCUAAAGAAAGGUCCUUUUGCCCGAGGUAAAUAUGUUAGGAGGGUCUUGUAAUUAGUAGUGGUCUGUCUGUAAGUAUAGAGUAAGCUGAGUGUUGGUUUUAUUAACUAGAAUAAUUAAGAGGAGUUGUAGGAUUUGAUAUUCUGCAUUUUUAGGACACGAGGGAAAACCCUCCAGUGAUAUUAAUGAGUAUAACCUAUGGUGAGCUCAGUUUGGGGCUGUCAUGGGGAUAUCAAUUUCAGUUAUGUGCAGCUCAUUGAAGCGAUUUUUACAUAAACAGAUGGAAAGGUCUAUGUAAUCAAGCGUUGUGUGAGUCGUUUGGUCUAGUCAAUGCACUUUUGUACAUUAUACAGUAUAUGUAAUUAUACAAGUAGUAUUUAUAUACACAAAUGCUUGGUUCAUGUAGUUAGAUUUUGUUCAUCUUUUGUCUGGAUGCUUGGUUUUUUU